AUGUACUCGGCAAGGCCUUCCUUCGGCAACGAACUUCCCAACCUGCAUGAACCGCCCACCGCCCCCAAUGCCGCGCCAAGAGUGCACGUCACGCGUGAGACGUCCCGGUGCGGCGCCGACAGAAAAACCCUAAAUGCCUAUCAAUACCUCCCAAAGUACCUCGUUGCUAUAGGAUACAAGCUCAAGGGGCAAGCCUGCAUGCAACCCCAGGCCAGUGGGAACACAUCAGAUGAAGAAAACGCCGUGGGUGCCUGCACUAUGCGCUGCCAAAGUAUCUCUUUCACCGUUCAAACCAACGUCGCGCAGCGCAUGCAGGGUGGGAUGAGUCGUCUGGUUGCGACGUAA